AUGUCUAGUAUAUUGCAACCUGUAGAUGUGAAUAUUGGAAGAUCACCAGCACGGAAACGUGCACGAUAUGAUGAAGAUGUCGAUGAACUGGACAAAAACGAUAGAUGGAGUUUGAAUAGAAGUGAGGUUGUUCUACAUGAAGUUUUUGAUCAUGGAGUUGGACGUUUGGAUUGUGAUCCAGAUGAUAUUCUCACUGAUGAUGAUACAAUAUUUAAUAAAGAUGAGCCAGGAGCUAUUGACGUCUCCUGUGUUUCUAUGACACCAAAUACUAGAGAUAAGCAACUGACUGUGUUAGAAUCUACUUUAACAAAGGAAUCUUUAGAUAAAUUAACUCUAGGAGAAUGGGAUGCUAUCUUGGUAAAAAAGCCAAUGAUUCGUCCAACUGACAAAACAAAUUAUUUCAAUAUGCUCUCAGAUGAAGUGAUCCUCCACAUUUUAAGGUGGUUGCCUAAAAUACACCUCAUGGAUAUUUCUUUAGUAUGUAGAAGAUUCCACAGACUGACCCAGGAUGAGAGCCUUUGGACUAGAAUGGAUGUAUCCAAUAGGCAUCUGUACCCUGGAGAAUUAGGAAAAAUAAUUAGCAAACAAGUCAUUAUUCUUAGACUGGCUAGAUCUGAGAUUUCUCAUCCUAUAAUUUUACCAGGAGUGAAAGCAGCUCUGCCAGAAUUCAGAUCUCGACUGCUCUACCUUGAUUUGAGCAUGUCCUUCAUUUCACCACAGAGCCUCACAAUACUUUUCAGUAUGUGUAGACGUUUGAAGAAAUUAAGCCUUGAAAAUGUACCUGUCAAUGAUGAUGUCCUGAUAGCUCUAUCAGCCAAUAAGGAUAUUGAAGUUGUGAAUUUUGCUAUGGUCACUGGUAUGAUGGAUGAUGGGCUACAUUACUUUCUUAAGAAUUGCAGAAAAAUCAGAGAAUUGAAUCUGGCUUGGACCUACUUAAAUGCCUCCAGUAUUGAAUAUGUUUGUCAAAAUCUACCACCCACUAUGGACAGGCUAAAUUUUUCUGGUUGCAGAAAAUUGUUGACUAAUAAUAAUAUUACUGACCUAGUUGCUAGCUGUCCAAGACUAAGAGAAUUAGACCUGUCAGAUUGUACUUCCAUAACUGGAGAUGCAGUCAGGCAAUUAGUAGUCUUAGAAGACCUAAAUUUUUUGGCUCUAUCUAGGUGUUAUCUGAUAACUUAUAAAUCAUUACUAUUCCUCAAGAAACUAUUCAACCUUUCCUAUCUCGACAUCCAUGGUGGCUACGUAGAUAUAGACGAAUUAAGACUGGUGCAGGAGGGUUUAGGAGCUAGAGUUCAAAUCAACAAGUUCAAAUUUAGUUCCGUAGCUAGGCCUACCGUUGGUAUGAGGAGAACCAGUAUUUGGAAUAUGAGAGUUCGCGACUGA